AUCGAAAGUAUCGCUGUUUCCCCGGGAAUUUAGUGCGCCAUGCUAUUUCCAGGAAAUGUGACGUUUCUGACGUUGUUGUCGUGUCGAGCCAGCCGUUGUCGACACGGUUAACAAGAUUUGGUGUAAGCCUAGUUAGCUAGGUACGUUAGCUAGGUACGGGUUUGAAAACUUUGGACCAUCUUCCAGACCAGUGUGCUCGUCAGGUGUGUUGCUCGGGCGAGGUGUCCCGCUGACAGAAGCGUUUAUCACGCCCAGGUUGAUACGUGGUAAGUUGUUUUUUUUUAAAAGUAAGUUGUAAUUGUUUUCUUUUUUUCCCCUUCCAACGCUAGUUUAUUCCACGUCUGAUGACUAUGUGACAUCGGGCUGUUUGGAAAAUGAGAAGAAAAAAAAUGUGGGGGGGGGGGGCGAAUGGCAGAGUCGGGGCUAGGGGGGUUCUUAUUGGGGGUAGGAUGUGUUUUUUUUUAAACUUAUCAAGUUUCAUUUUUAAUCCAUUUGGUGCACUUUUCAUUGGUCCACUUGAGGCAGGUGCCUCGUUUGCCUCACACUUGAGGCAGGUGCCUCGUUNGGGGGGGGGGGUUGGGUUGGGGGGGGGGGGCUACUGCAGCCCUAUUACUUAUUUGCACAAUAAUAAAACUGCCAUUAUACUCUACCACCUAAAGCUUUCCCCAAUGUGUGCACGGUUAAUAAAAAACGCGUAGCUGGAAGGAUGUACCGUUAUAUAUCCUUUUUUAUACCACUGAGAUGCAUGAAGCCAAACGGGGGAUAUUAUAGUUGAAUAUGUUGCCACCUCGUUGUGUUGUGUUGUGUUGCGUUGUGUGUGCGUGUAGAUCCGCCUUGGAUAAAUGCAGUGAAUGUUUACCAUGCUGACCUCAGCUCCUGGACGACGGUAGGUCAGCUAAAAGUGGAAGUUAGUUUCGAUGUGCACUAGUGCGUGAAGCAGGGUUACCGGUAAUUCGAUCGAAAUAAAUUUCGUCGACGGAAAAUUGAUCGACGGAGAUUUGAUCGAACGGAAAUUUGUUCGAAUCUUUUUUCUCAAGUUCACACGUUAAAAUUUUUAGUUAAAUUUCUUUUCUUUUUUUUUGAACGCACUAUACUAUAUAGUAAAAGGAAAUAAUGCUCUACUUCCUCCGAGAAGAGAUAUGAAGCCUUGCGGCCAAAGACUGGUUGUACUGGACGCCUCAAGGCCGACGGCCCACCUAUUAAACGCGGUAAGCAUAAGCUCGUGGAAUGUUAGCACCGUGUGUAAAACAGGGUAACUCACACUGAACGGCAUCUGUGAAAGGAGAUGGACGCAAGCUGGACAGUUAACUUUGGCCUGGGGAGAAACUCUAAAUAUACACAAGGCUCGCGAAGGAAUAUACUACACACACACAAGGUGACUCUUUAAUGAUGGCACGGGUGGCAUAAGGGGCUUUCAUAGGAUGGGAAGCCCAUGGUCCCAAAAUUAAUACAGCAAAACUUCCGAACCAAGAAGAAGAAAAUAAAUAUGAAUGUAAUACAGUGCUAUGCACCCACCAACGAUGGUAAGGGAGAUGAAAAAGAAGCCUUCUGCAAUAGACUACAAGCCACACUGGAGUGAUUUCCAAGUAGAUAUGAAACUAUCAUAAUGGGAAAUCUAACUGCUAAGUUGGUAAAGAAAACAGAGGACACGAAGAAAUUAUGGGGCGCCAUGGAGAGAUGAAUGGAAUCGGCGACAGACUGACAGACGUGUGUGCAGCAAAUGAGCUCGUUAUUGGGGGCAGCGGAUUCCAGCAUGAGAACAUCCAGAAGGUAAUUUGGGUGUCUCCUGACAACAAAACAUAAAAAGAAACAGUGCAAUCAAAGGUAUUGGCCGAAAAUUGAGAAGGUCUCUACAAGAUGUACCAUCAAAAAGAGGAGCUGAUGUUGCAUCUGAUCACCAUCUGGUUUGAGCAUGACUCAAGAUAAAACUAAAGAAAAACUGGGAAGGGUUAGCUGCUAGAAGACUGAAAUCCAACAUAGGACUUCUGACAAACGAACAGAAGCGACAUGACUUCAGUUUAACCUUGAUGCCUUUAAAGUGGAAACAAGAGUAAGACGAUGAUGACUCUUGUCCCCCUUCCUAUUCAUCCUGGCAAUUGAUUCGAUAAUGCAACAAUCCACAUACAAAAAAAAGAGGGACAUGAUACAGUGGACAAACUGGGAACAACUAAAUGACUUAGACUUUGCAGAUGACAUUGCACUUCUGUCCCACAACCAUUAUAUAUAAAUACAGGAAAAACACUAAAGACGUAACCACCAUUUCAGCACAGCUCAAACUCAGUACAAAUACAAUCAAGACAAAGAUCAUGAAGCUAAACUCAGCCAACAAAUGGAAUAUCAAAUCUUGUAAAAAAUGCACUGGAAUAAGUGGAAGCCUUCCCGUAAUUAGAAAAAAAAACUAUUGACUUUAAUGGUGGAUCCCAAGUGGGUGCCAGGACUAGCAUUGGACAUGCUAGGUCAGAAUGUGUGCUAUCAAAGAAAACAUUUGAUUCCUGGGAGCUGACUUCAAAGAGAGGAAGGUCUAAGAAUGCAUGGAGACGCGAGCUGCAGGCAGAAACACACAUUAUGGGAUACACCUAAAAGCGAAUGGAAAGGAAAGAAAAGGACUGAGAUGAAUGAACAAUUCUUGUAGCUUGUAGACGGGAAAAAUGGCGUAAAAAGGCAUAAGUAAAUAAAUACGCAAUAAUUGUUUCCCCUUUUUUCUCUCCACAGUUACUUCCCUAAACAAUGUCUACUUUAGUCUUAGUUGGAAGAACUGGCAACGGUAAAAGCUCCACGGGCAACUCCAUUCUCGGCAGCCGCGCCUUCACGCCCAGAUCAAGCACAGCUCAGUCAGUGGAAGAGACACCCGCCAAAGCCAGCAAUGGCAACAUCACUGUUGUCGAUGGUUCUGGUAUUGGUGACACUGGGGUCGAGCUGAUGGGCGGAAUAGACGCAGCCAUUGGCAACAGCGAACAGGCGUUGAGCCUGUCUGAAAGAAUAAUUACCGCCUUUAUCCUCAUCAUUAAAUACGGGGUGAGGUUCACCAAACAGGAGAAAGAUGCAAUCGACAUGAUCAAGUCCCUGUUUGGCGAUGACGUCUUCAGGAGAUGGGGGGUUGUGCUCAUGACCCACGGGGACAACUUCGAGAUGGACACAGAGGACGAGGCGAUUACGUUUGACGAUUGGUGCCGGGAGCAGACGGGAGACAUCAAGACUCUGUUUGAAUCCUGUAACUACAGGUGCGUGCUUUUCAACAACAAGACCAGCGAUGCUGAUAAGAAGCAAAAACAGCUGAACAUCUUAUUGGAUAAAGUGAUUCCCUUGAAGAACAGUCCUUACACAGUGAGAAACUAUCAAGACGCGUCGGUCAAUCGCGAGAAACUCAGACUACGAGACAAAGUUCCGGCGAUUGAGAGAAAAACGAAAUCCUUCGUCGAUGAAGUCCGUAACGAACUGGACAGUGCUCGAGGCAGUCUCGAUGAGAAGAUCAGAUAUUUCGAACAACUGGUGGCAAAAGUAGAGGACCACAUUGGUCAGCUGCAGGAAACGGACCUGGGCACGGGACUGCUGCAGUCUGCCCUGAAUGAGCUCAGAAUGCUGAAGCUUAACAUCAACUCCAAACUGAACAAUGCCAACCACGAGCGCGACGCAGAGCUUUACAAGCGUGAGAUCAACGGCAGAAGGUCCAGACCUGACGCCUUCCCACAAGCCGUUGAUGUCCGCGAGAUGGGCGGACAACCUGUGUUUUCUCCACAAUUCUUGAGGCGCGGACUAGUAUUUAUUAUAACUGUUUCUGCCGUUCUUUUCUUUUAUUUCUUAUUUUCUAGGUACCAAGCAACUGCGAAAGCUUAAAAUGUUUUAACCCUUUUCUUUAUAAGCGGGACUGCGGACGAUGUUUUGUGACCAUAAGUCCUGAACGUCUUUACCUAUCGUCUGUUGAUGAAGGUGUCCAUUAACAAUGGCCCACCAACAUAGAUUUACCUUACUUAUACCAUGCAGUAAGGAUAACCCCCUUGUAAAAAUACAUUCUAAUAUAGAAAAUUGAUUUAGCAUCAAAGGGAAAAACGAUCCAGGAAAUAACACGUUUCUAGUAGAAUUUUUUUUAAAUUUAAUGAUUUCAAAAUGUAUUAUGUUAUGACAUUUCUGUUGAUCUGUGUUGUUAAAUGUGUCUAUUUUGUAGUUUUGAACUGAUAACAAUUUUACAAACAAUGCUGUCACUAUGACAGUGGCUCUUAACCACACCCCCACUUCUAACUUUCACAACGUUUUCCGAAUCCCCAUCUCGAUUUCAAAACAUAUUUCCCGUUACCAUAAAAAAAAACAACUGCUAAUGAACAAACUGACAACAUUAAAAUUCUGUCUCUUCCUGUGCCGACCGAAACUGCCACAGUGCAGGUCUCCCUUGGUUAAGAACCUCUACGUCAAGGGAACGUUUUGCAGAUAGGGUAUUGUUUGGCCUUGGCAUCUAAUUCAAGGUUAAAUCAUGUCCCAUUUCAGGCAAACACCAGCCUCUCUGUGGCAAACACCAGCCUCUCUGAGGCAAACACCAGCCUCACUGAGGCAAACACCAGCCUCACUGAGGCAAACACCAGCCUCACUGAGGCAAAAACCAACCUCACUGAGGCAAACACCAACCUUUCUGAGGCAAACACCAACCUCUCUGAGGCAAACACCAACCUCUCUGAGGCAAAAACCAGCCUCACUGAGGCAAACACCAACCUCACUGAGGCAAACACCAACCUCUUCCAGCCUCUCAGAGGCAAACACCAGCCUCACUGAGGCAAACACCCGCCUCACUGAGGCAAAAACCAACCUCACUGAGGCAAACACCAACCUCUCUGAGGCAAACACCAACCUCUCUGAGGCAAACACCAACCUCUCUGAGGCAAAAACCAGCCUCACUGAGGCAAACACCAACCUCACUGAGGCAAACACCAACCUCUCUGAGGCAAACACCAACCUCUCUGAGGCAAACACCAACCUCUCUGAGGCAAACACCAACCUCUCUGAGGCAAACACCAACCUCUCUGAGCCACUGAGCUUUUAUGUUAGGGGUUAAAAAUAAAAACCAACACCACAGUAGGCAGAACAAAGGUGCGCCUGGAAAUUGUCACUUGACCUCUAAGUGUGUGGCCCCUUAUCUCUGUGUCGUGUCUACCGUUGCAAGUUACAACAUCUCCUCCAUGGCAGUAACUCUGGGCUGUCCGCUCGCGCCAUACUGUAAUCUAGAAACCGCUGCAUGUCAUAGCUGGACACUGUAUUAAACGAUAAAAUAGUUGAUUUUUAUAGUUGUUAAAGUUUUAUUAUUCUACUCAUGAAUAAUGAACAGUGGUAUGGUCAGUUAACAGGUUGGUCACUUUGCUACUAGUUGCUUAAAUUUCUACUGCAUAUCCCUGGUAAUGGAUAACUAGCGGGCAGUAGGCUUGCUAAACACUAGUUGUAUAUAACUGCCAGUAGCAAAAAAAGUUAACAUUUAAUAAGCUUUUCAUUCUUUACAAGUCUUUCUAGCUUUUAAUCCGUCACGAAAUGUUUUCAAGCAAAUGUUUCUAACAACUUGUAAGAAUUAAUUUAAACAACCCCUCAAAAAAAAAAAAAGCUUUUGGUAUAAAUCCUUUAUAUGCGUUUUUUGCUUGUAUUUAUGUAAUUGUCCGUGAUUUAUCAUUUAUGUAAUUGUCCGUGAUUUAUCAUUUAUGUAAUUGUCCGUGAUUUAUCAGUUAUGUAAUUGUCCGUGAUUUAUCAUUUAUGUAAUUGUCCGUGAUUUAUCAUUUAUGUAAUUGUCCGUGAUUUAUCAGUUAUGUAAUUGUCCGUGAUUUAUCAUUUAUGUAAUUGUCCGUGAUUUAUCAUUUAUGUAAUUGUCCGUGAUUUAUCAUUUAUGUAAUUGUCCGUGAUUUAUCAUUUAUGUAAUUGUCCGUGAUUUAUCAUUUAUGUAAUUGUCCGUGAUUUAUCAUUUAUGUAAUUGUCCGUGAUUUAUCAUUUAUGUAAUUGUCCGUGAUUUAUCAUUUAUGUAAUUGUCCGUGAUUUAUCAUUUAUGUAAUUGUCCGUGAUUUAUCAUUUAUGUAAUUGUCCGUGAUUUAUCAUUUAUGUAAUUGUCCGUGAUUUAUCAUUUAUGUAAUUGUCCGUGAUUUAUCAUUUAUGUAAUUGUCCGUGAUUUAUCAUUUAUGUAAUUGUCCGUGAUUUAUCAUUUAUGCAAUUGUAGAAGCUGGUGUUUAGUCUGGUAAGGUUUGUUUUAAAUUAAUUUUUUUUUUCAUGCAAUACCUAAAUGGACUAAAGAUAGAUUUAAACCCAAAUACAUUGUUACGAAUUUCUUCGUGUUUUGUGAUUGCGUGUUUGGUGCUGAGAGUAUAUCUGUAGCUGUUGCUUUGGGCUUUGUUGUUGUUGUUUUUUUUUGGACGUAUUUGGGGUAUGGGAAAGGGCGUUGUUGAUUUGUUUUAUGGGUUAGCACGUGUAAUGGAGUAGUAAGUAACGCAGUUGUUCAUUUAAUACAGAGACAUUUGUCAUUGAAUCAUUGGUUCUUUUAAUAAGUCAAUGACCCCAUUGGACAACGAAGAUAUGGAACUGGUCAUUUCCAGUUCGUAACAACUGGUAAAAGCACUGUGCCUCUAAUUGAAUGUGGUCGCGACUUGCAAGCACGUGAUAGCUUUUGUACGAGAGAGAGAGCUUGUAAAUUAAUUAUUCAGUGCGGUCAACUAUGUUUUACAAGUCCUGGCAUAGAGAAACAAAGAUUAACAAUACGUGGCAGGUUGGUAUGAAAAAAAAAUAAUAAUACAAAAAAAGAACCGAGAAAAUGGUAUGCUAGAGGUGUGGACCCAGAAUUUAUAUAUAUAUAUAUAUAUAAUGGACAUCAUCUGUAUUAGUAUAUCAUCAGUAAAUAAACGGGAAACGGAACCGCUUCAAUAUGAGGGUUAGUGGAAAAUGGGAAAUGUUGCAGGCAGUUGGGGGGGGGGGGGGGCUAAAUUUUAUACUUUGGUCAUUUGCUAUUUGGAUACGCGAAUUGCUCUAUAUGACACACCCAUUGUUGUUUAUGACAUACCCUUCGAUAUAUAUUACACGCCCAUGUUUAUUCAUAUCAUGGCUGUUUCUGUUCACGAGACGCCCGUGUAUACAUACAAUACGCCCAUAGCUAUUCAAGGUUCAUUCAUUGUUCUAUGUGGCAAUGGCAUCACUGUGCGGCAUCAUGUUCAUUAAGUUCAUAGUCAGGAUAUCAACAGCAGUGUUCAAAUGGAGCCGUCCAGGGGAUGAUACCGGUGUCAGUAAUACAGGUAUCAAUAAUGCAAUUGUCGAGACUAAACAUGUCAAUAAUACAAAUGUCAAUAAUACAGGUGUCGAUACUACAAGUGUCAAUGUUACAAGUGUCAAUAAAACAAGUGUUGAUACCACAAGCGUCAAUAUUAUAAAUACCAAUAAUACAAAUGUCAAUACUACAAGUGUCCAUUAUUAAAUGUUCACGCCACUGCCUAGACUCACUCUCUCGUCCUUGCCAAUGACCCAAUUUAAUCAAGACGACGGGAAAUACAUGCAAUGAAUGGCCAUCACCGUGUGUGUGUGUGUGUAUUUUUCAGUGUUCUCCUUAUGCGUUCUAUGUCAGUGGAGUUGCCGAAAUGUUCAUUAAGUCAUUGUCAAAACGCCAACGGAGGUCCAUCUCUGGGUUCGAUUUCAGAGUUUGACUCUCUUAGACGGGUUGCCAUCCAAGGUUGACGAGUGCCAUCCACCCGGCUUGCUGGUGAUAUUUUUACUGUCAGGACGCUUUCUGGGGAUUUAGUAUCGGUCACUCGCUUGAGAUUGACUCAAGUCAAGAGGCUACAUAGAUCAAUGAUACAAGGAUCCAUUAUAUUACCUGACAAACUCACAUAAAUAAAAGGGGCAUGGAGAUGCACACAACUGACUUAAGUGUUAUAUAACAUAAUUCAUAGUUACUUUCCAACAGUGUGAAACUCUAAGUACAGUGUGUAAGUCUCUUCACGACCUUAGCUCUGAAGAACCAUGUAUGACUCCGAGAAUGUGACUCUCGGUUUAAAUUUACUAAUUAUUCUUAAUGAGUUCCCCCCCCCCUUUUUUUUUCUCCAUAGUUACUUCCCUCCACAAUGUCUACCUUUGUCUUAGUUGGAAGAACUGGCAACGGGAAAAGCUCCACGGGCAACUCAAUUCUCGGCAGCCGCGACUUCGAGCCCAGAUCAAGCACAGCUCAGUCAAGGGAAGAGACACCUGCCAUAGCGACUAAAGGCCACAUCACUGUUGUUGAUGGUUCUGGUAUUGGUGACACUGGGACUAAUCUGAUGGGUGGCAUAGAAAGAGCCACCGCUAACUGCGAAGUGGUUUUGAACCUGUCUGGAAGAAUGAUUACCGCCUUCAUCCUCAUCCUUAAAUACGGGGUGAGGUUCACCAAACAGGAGAAAGAUGCAAUCGACAUGAUAAAGUCCUUGUUUGGUGAUGACGUCUUCAGGAGAUGGGGGGUUGUGCUCAUGACCCACGGGGACAACUUCGAGAUGGACACGGAGGAGGAGGAGACUACGUUUGACGAUUGGUGCCGGGAGCAGACGGGAGACAUCAAGACUCUGUUCGAAUCCUGUAACUACAGGUGCGUGCUUUUCAACAACAAGACCAGUGAUGCUGGUAAGAAGCAAGAACAAAUGAACAUUUUAUUGGAUAAAGUAAAUUCGCUUAGCAACAUUCCUUACACAGCGAGAAACUAUCAAGAAGCGUCGGUCAAUCGCGAGAAACUUAGACUACGGGACCAAGUCGCGAUGAUUGAGAGAAAAACGAAAUCUUUCGUUGAAGAAGUCCGCAACGAACUGGAUCAUGCCGCAGGGAGGUUUGAUAUUGACGGGUUAAAGCAACUGGUUGAAAAAGUUGAAGAGCGCAUUGCCCAGGUGCGGGAAAAGGACCUGGGCACAGGACUGCUUCAGUCAUCCCUGAAUGACCUCAGAAUGCUGAAGAUGAACGCCAGUGCCAAACUGACCAAUGCUAAGUAUGAGCCACGCACAGACCUUCCCAGGGACGUGUGGAAUGACACUUUACCUGGACGUGCUAAUGCUUUGCAAACUUUAACCAGACAUCCCGUCUUCAGACUAACAGUGGUCAUUACUUCGAUUGCCUUCGUGACCUAUUUCAUUUAUUUAAUCAUAAAAUUAGUAAAAGAGAAAGAUAACAUCACCGAAAUCAAGUGACGUGUGAACUUAAGGUCAAGGACGUUUUCAUGGAGUUCAAGACAGCAUUGACUUCCUUUGCUGAUUGUGAACGUGUGAAAUUGUAAAAUAAAAACAUGGAAAACCAUUUUGUUGAUCAGUGUAAAAUAUGAACCGUAAAUAAAU